GUAAUAUGAAAAAAAAAAAAAAAAACACACGCGUCCGCAUACAAUCGUUCCACGUUUCGAUUCGAGAUACUUCGUAUUAACCAUUUCUUCUGAGUUUUUCCUCUCGACAUUUUGGGAUCUCGUAGUCGUCGCCUCAACAAUUUUGCAUCGAAACGUUUUGGUUUCAUAGAAGACAAUGGCUGGUCAUAUAGUUUACAAGGGCCCGAGUGUCAUAAAGGAGAUCAUUAUCGGGAUCGGCCUCGGCAUGGUGGCCGGAGGAUUUUUUAAAAUGUACCACUGGGAAGAGCAACGGAAGACUAGGGAGUUCUAUGAUCUUCUCGAGAAGGGUGAGAUCACCGUCGUUAGAGAAGAUGAGUAGACUAAAUCCCUUAAUUCUUUAAUUCUUGCUCGUGCAAUAAUUUCGCAAAUCAAUUGCUAUGCAUAGCUGCAAAUUCUUUGUUUCCCGAUCUCUUUGUAGUUUAGCUGCUCCUACAAUAAGAGCUUGAUUAUGCAAUGACACAACAGUUUCAAAUCCAUAGAUUCAAAUGUUUGGUUACCUUUUGCUUAUUUGUUGAACUAACAAGUAGGGGGAGGCUGUGUUCUCGAAGAUGGUAACUUCUAGAACAAUCUAGAUUCUAGUGUCUAGUAUAGAGACCUCUCCUUUUCUUAUCGUAUUUCAGGUUCAUAUAUUAUUUCAUCGGGGAGGCAUCAUAGUGUGGGACACAUUAGUGUGUUUGAGAACUAAAUAAAUUGAUAAAUAUUCCAAUUCUGGCCUAGGUGCUUUCUUUUUUAUUUUAUCAGUGCACGUUUCGUGUUCCUUUAUGAACACGAACAUGUGCACAUACUUGUAUAUAAAAUUGGGAACCAUAGUAUCUACCCGUAGAUUUUAGGAAGAUAUGUCGUAUCAGUUGCAAUCGGAACAUGUUCCGAUUUCGUGCUUGGUUCACCUUUAAGUUUAUAGUGCUACUAGUUGAAAGGUAUAAAUUUACUAUAUAUACUAAUAUACAUUAUCAAAUAGUUAAAUUUUCAUAAUUUUAAAGAAUUUUAGAUAAAUAUUCUUGAUUUAUUUUAAAAUGAGUACUUAUAUAAUUAAAAUUUUUAACUAUGGGUAUUUUGGUAUGCAAUAGUAUGAAAUAAAGGUAUGAUAUGUUUAACUAAAAUACUAACCUUUUACUAUGUCAUAUUAAUAUCAUGUUUCGUAGAAUGCAUCAAAAUAUUUGUAAAAUAUAUUUGUUGUUUGGUAUGAUGUAUUCAGAUAUAAAGUUAAUAAUACUUAUAAUUAUGAUUUGUAUUACGUAUAUCAUCUUCUUAGGCGGUAUACAAAAUUACUCAAAUUUAUUUAAUAUUUUCAGGCUUUUGAUUUAUAAAGGGUCGUGUGCUUUGUAUCAAACAAGAUAUUGGGGGUGACAUAGAUAUAUUAUAUCAUUAGUACCAAUCGAGCCCUAUAAGUAUGUCAAAAUCUUUAAAGAAUAGUCCCAUCGGUACAUCUGACGACAACAACAACAACAACAAUUGCAGGUUAAUUGCAUGUAAUAUCACAAACUUUGAAAAAAAUCAAUUUUCCCCACAAACUUAAAAAAUUAUCAAAUACUUUCAAAACUUUUCAAACUCCCCAUGUCAACUUUCAUGAUAAUUACAAAUCUACCCUGCAUUCAUACAAAUUAUAGAAAGACCCCCAUAUAUGUUCAAUAUUCGUAUAAAAUUAAAAAAGAACCCCAACAUGAUAUUAUUUUAGGCAAAAUUAUCCUCAUGAAUUUUUCUACAAUUAUAAAGCAAUUUUAUAAAAUCAUAAAAAUAGCCCAACAUGCUUCCGUAUCACUUCAAAAUUAAUAUAAACAUAAAUCAACUUUAUACCUUUAGUCGAAUGGUUUUCUUCAGUAGUCAGUUCCUAUUGCGUUUUACGGACCGUCUGCCCUCAAGGCUCCGUCCAACUAUGUGCUCGCAAGGGAUGGUUGCAACCUUCCUCCUUCACUAAGUUCCGACGUAUUUACUAAAUCGGAAAGUUGAGCAAAAACAAAGCGUUUAAAGAGACAAAAUAUUUAAUUUAUUUCAUAAAAUCUCCCUAAGGGAGGAGACAAACAUGUUUAGCUACUCAUUAGUAGCUAACACUUGUGUACAUAAAAUUAAAAGAACUAAAACUUAAAAAAAAAAAAAAAACUUUGAAAACUAAAAUUUUAAUUUUACAAAGAUAUAUUUCUAGAGAGAGUGUGUUGUGUGAAGUUGUGAUGAUUUUUCAAUGAUCCUCCUUUCUCUCCAAAGCUUGAGUUUUAUAGAGGUUUGAUGCCAUCUAUUUCCCUUGGUGGUUGGCCUUGGAUUCAUUUUCUAAGUGGCCAGCUUGUGUUGAAUGUGAUGGCCAUUUUCUUUUGUCGGUCAUGAUUGCCGACACUUGUUAGUGCCUUCACAUGGGGGUGGACCAUUCCUUUGUUAUCUUGUGAUAAUGCUGGUAGGGGCCAACUACUUCCAUCCUCCACUCACCUUUGUCGUCUGCUUUUGGUGAGUGGUCUGUAGUUCCACCUAAGGCUGGUAAAUCGGUGCCGGUUUUUCGGUUAAAAUCGUAACCGACCCGGUUCGGUUACCGAUUAGUAUUUCAGCUUUAAACCGGUUAAUCGGUUUAACCGGUCGGUUAACCGGUUAAAUUGAUUAACCGAUUUUUUUAAUUAAAUUAAUUAAUUAAUAUUAUAUUAUAUUAAAAUUUAAAAAACCCCACAAAUAGUUAGGGUUUGAGACUUUGAAAUUGAGUCUGUCUUUCCCCUUGCUUGCUUCCCAUUCCCACCGGCGCCUCCCUUGCCUCCCACCAGCACCGGCGUCGCUGUCUCCCCCCGGUGCUCAGCCAGUCAGCCUGCACUCCGCCGAGUCGCCGACGCUCUCCCAGUCCCUGGUCCGCCGCUGGCCCGCUGCAUUUGCUAUCACCGACCGCAGCCCGCCACCCCAGCUACCGUCACCUCGUUCACCGCACUCCGCCGGCGCCACUCCCUCCGCCUUGUUCUUCUUCUUCUCGGCGAUAACUCAUUCCGCCAGCGUCACUCCCUCCGCCAGCGACCAGCAUCGCCCCCUCCGCCGGCAUCGCUGCUGUGCAUUCAGGUAUUAACGAAUAACAAUCUCUUCUUUUCUUUCUUUUUUUAGGCAUCGUCCUAUUUGGAUUUUGGAGGUGGUGACUUGGUGUUGGAGAUGAUAUACUAUUGUUGUCUGCUAAAUGCUGAUUGGAGUUUGGGUGCUCAAUUGCUCAUAGUUUUGUGUAAAUAGCUAUUGUAAUUGUAAAUUUUGUGUCAAUAGCUCAUCAAGCAAAUCAGUUAGCUGCUGUAGCCUGUAAAUAGCUGCUGUAAAUUACUAGAUUUUGUGAAAAUAGCUGCUGAUUAGUGUAAAUUUUUGUGUGCAUAGCUGCUGUAAAUAGUUGCUGUGAAUUGUGAUAGAGUGAGACUUUGAAAGAGUAUUUUAAUUUUGUAAAAUAGUUGCUGGUGUAAAUAGUUAUGUUAGAUGUAAAUAAUGGCUUGAUAGUUGCUGGUGUAUUUUAAUUUUAUAGAUAGUUGCUGUAAAUAAUUUCGUGGAAUAGUUGCUGUUAUGGCUUUGAUAAAUUUUGGUUUCGAUA